GCUCCCCAGUGCUGCCCCCGCCCCCCGCCGCUGCGCUCCUCCCCUCUUAGCCCAUCUCUCCCCACCCCGCUCUACAAUUCUUCGAUCUGGCAGUGCCCGAGUGGCGAGAUGGACUAGGGCUUGCUCGGGAUUUUGUAGAUUGGCAGGAAUCACCGUUUCAGGCAUUUUUGGUGGAUAAUCUUCAUUUGAUCUUGAGUGCUGACUCGCUCUUCUGUUGUCAUCAAUGUCUGGCUUGCUGAAUUCAAAUCUUAACAGUUCCGCAUCGAAUCUUCCAGACUCAACCGGACGACCAUUUGCAACAUCCUUUUCUGGUCAAUCUGGAUCAGUUCAAGGUUUCCAUCACUCAGGUCUGCGCAACAUUCAUGGAAAUUUCAGUCUUCCAAAUAUGCCUGGAUCACUUGCACAAAGGAAUGCUGUGAUGAGCGGCCUUCCAUCCUCCGGGGUUCAACAACCUGGAGGGAGCAUUUCUGGGAGAUUUGCUUCAAACAACCUUCCAGUUGCCAUGUCUCAGAUUCCUCAUGCACAUUCAGGUGUCAGUGGUAGAGGAAUGAAUGUUGGUGGAGGUCAAUCAUUUAGUAGUGGCAUGAAUAUGGGUGGUACCAUUAAAGGUUUAUACUCAAAUUUGGGCACCAGUGGUAACCGAAAUUCUGUUCCUGGCAUGUCAGUGUCUGCCACUUUAGGAAACUUGGGUCCACGUAUUACAAACUCUGCAGGAAACAUCGUGGGCGGAAGUAACAUUGGAAGAAAUAUAAGCUCUGGUGGAUUGUCGGUGCCGAGUAUCUCAUCACGCAUCGAUUUUAGUAGCAAUGCUGGAAGUGGGAGACUAAAUGUGCAAGGAUCCAACAGGAUGACAAGUGGCCUUAUUCCGCAAGGAUCAUCACAACUAAUGAAUAUGCUUGGAAGUUCAUACCCAACGCCUGGAGGUUCCUUGUCCCAGAAUCAAAUGCAACCAGGAAAUAAUUCUCUAGGUUCUAUGGGGAUGCUACAUGACGCCAGUGACAGUGCUCCAUUUGACAUCAAUGAUUUCCCCCAAUUGACUGGUCGACCUAAUUCAGCUGGUGGUUCACAAGGACAAUAUGGAUCACUACGGAAGCAACUAAACCAGGAGUUCAGUAUUCAGAGCGAAGAUUUCCCGGCUUUGCCAGGAUUUAAAGGUAGCAGUUCAGAUUAUGCUAUGGAGUUACAUCACAAGGAACAACUUCACGAGAAUGUACCUGUAAUGCAAGCACAACAAUAUCCUAUGGCAAGGUCUGUUGGGUUUAAUUUAGGAAGUAGCUACCAACCAAAUCGUCAGCAACAUCAGCAGGGUGCUAAUUCAAUUCAGAGUGCCGGACCCCAAAAUAUUGGACUAAGACCACUAAACACUCCGAGUCAAACUUCUAGUUUGGGAUCAUAUGAGCAACUGCUCCAGCAAUACCAGCAGCCGCUGGCUCAGGGUCCUUUCGGGUUGCAGCAGAUGUCUUCGGCCACACAGUCAUAUGGGGAUCUUGGUCUAAAGCCCAUUCUGGGAGGCCGAACACCACCUGAUCCAUACAGCUUGUUAGGAUUGCUGGGAGUUAUAAGGAUGAAUGAUCCUGAUUUGUCAUCUCUUGCUUUGGGAAUAGAUUUGACAACUUUGGGUUUGGAUUUGAACUCCCAAGACAAUCUGUACAAGACAUUUGGCUCUCCAUUUUCAAAUGAGCCAGCAAAAGGAGAUCCUGAAUAUACUACUCCAGCUUGUUAUGUGGCUGAGCAACCCCCGGCACUACAGCCUAUGCAUUUUCAGAAAUUUCAGACACUCAUACUAUUUUACAUAUUCUACAGCAUGCCUAAGGAUGAAGCUCAAAUAUGUGCUGCCAAUGAACUAUAUAAUCGUGGAUGGUUUUACCAUAAAGAAGCGCAGCAAUGGUUCACCAGAAUUCCUAACAUGGAGCCUCUUCUCAAAACUCCUACAUAUGAACAGGGGUCUUAUGCCUUCUUUCAUCAAGGCAAUUGGGAAACAGUCCGUAAGGAUAACUUUGUUCUCCAUUAUGAGCUAGUAGAGAAAAGGCCAAGUCUCCCUUCCGCGUCCCAAACUGUCAGGCACCUCCCGACUCUAGCUUUCUUGUACAUGAAUGGAGAACCUUCUUUAUAAAUACAGUAAAGCGACAUUGCCCUAAUUUGCCAAGGAAGAAAUGUUCCGUGUGGCCCAUUUAGGGAAGAACGUGUUUUUCUUUAAAGUACGAAAAGAACGAUGUAAACGAGCAUGUGACACACACACAAGCUGCUAGCCAACCGAGCAACUCUUGUGCUCGGUUCUCAUUAGGAUUUUCUUUUGUUAACGCUGUAGUUUCUGUUAAACUUGCUACUGAAAAGUGAAAACCUAGAGGGUUCCCUGUUGGCAUGUACUUAACAAUCCCUGAUACCCGUGGCUCAUUAAAUCAGUCGGAUGCAUCUUAAAAAUUGAUGUGCUAAUUUGGCAGAUCCAAAUAUUUCCGCUUUCUGCUGAGAAAAGCAGGUGCUGUCUUUUGCAACGAAAUGUGUAUAUUAAUGAAGGUUGAUCAUCAGUAUGAUUUAUUUA